AUGUUGACAAGAUUGUUUGAACUGCGAGAUGAAGUCAUUCAGUUUUUAGACAUUCAAAAACAAACUGAAUUGUUUGUGGAAUUUAAAAAACCAUGGGUCCAAGUAAUAUUUGCUUAUUUAUCAGACAUUUUUGAUUCAUUGAAUACUUUAAACUUGAAAUUACAAGGCGGAGACUCGAACAUAAUUUAUCAUCGGGAUGCUAUCACAGCAUACACUGAGAAGUUGCAACUGUGGAAACGCAAAAUUUUGGCGUCUAACUAUUCCUGCUUUCCUAAAUUAUUUGCGAUCACAGAAGAAGCGUGCUUUAAGGAGAUUUUGGAUGUAAUUGAUACCAAGAAUCAAAUAUCAAACCAUUUGCAGCACCUUACGGACGAAUUCAAGCGCUACUUUCCCGACUCGUGCAAUAAUAUUAUGUACCGAUUAGCGACCGAUCCUUUUCACGUCGACAAAGACAUGCUGCCAGAUACAUUACAAGAGCAAGCAUUAGAAAUCAAAAAUGAUUCUGCUGCCCAAUAUGAUUUUGAGAAGAUGGAUAAGGCACUAUUUUGGGUUAAAUAUCUCAAAGUUUAUCCCAGCACCGCAGAGCAGGCACUAAAUUUUUUUUUACCUUUUUCAAGCACUUAUUUGUGCGAAAAAGCAUUUUCAGCAGUUGUAGCAAUAAAAACAAAGUAUAGAAGCAAAUUAGAUAUUGCUAGUGAUCUACGUUGUGCACUUUCUUCCAUUUAA